CUUCGGUCAAGCUUUUCACUUGUGCGAGACUGUGCGAUUUCGAAGUUUUCCAGUGCGACUUGCUGCAAAUCACAUUGACAUCACUACAGCAUCUUAUUACUCCAUCAAUACAUAUUCAGACAAGUUUAAUCACAUUUUAACAUUCACACAUUCACUAACACGCACAUACACAGACACCUAGUGCCACAAACACAGUUUAAUUUCAUAUAUAUUACUUCAUUUCAUUUUUCUUCAUAAAUAACCACUUUUCCCCCGCAGUUGUCUCCUUUUCUACUGUGGUGUUUCAGGAUGCCACGUCGAGGACGACGCUCGGAGGCGGCCAAGGUGAGAUGGAGGAAGCUGGAGAGUGUGCCGGACGUCGCCAAGCCUGAGACACCACCGCUCACGUCCAGUGCUUGGAACCCGAUUCGGUCCCCGCCGAAGAAGACGUCGCGACUGCUGGAGGGUGGCCUGCCCGACCAGAUGUCGCCUCCCGUGGUGCGCCAGGAGGAGCCCCGUGUGCCAUCGACCUCUCCUGGGUCACGCCGUGGGACGGGGCAUCGCCAUCGGGUCCAGACGUGGCCAGCCUCCCGGGUGACCAGACGGAGCUGCAAGUUGGUUCUGCCUACUGCCGAGGCUCUGGAGAAGAAGUUUGCUCUUUUGGUUGGUGAUUCCCAUCUGCGUGCUAUUGUGGAUGGGUAUUCUACCAUGCCAAAGGGCGACUUCUCCUUAGGGGUGCUUGCAUCCCCCGGGGCCUCUGCGGAAGAGUUGCGGCUUGAGGUGCUGGAUGCAGUUCUGCCUCGGCCCCCCGAGGUGAUCUGUCUUCUGGCCCCAAGUAACAACUUGACCGCCAGCAGGACCUUCGUGGAGGCCGGAGCGGCGUUCGGGGCUUUGUUGCGUACCGUCUGCAACCUCUCUGCUAAUGUGGUCGUUGUGGACUUUCCACCACGCCUUUGCGUGGAGGAAAGUGUGCAACAGCUGCUGCGGCAGGAGUUUCAACGUGUGGCUGCUCAGAGAAGUGUUCGGUACAUCCCUGUCACUGAACACUUCCCGCUGAGCAGCCUAGCCUUGUGGAGCAGGGAUGGCGUUCACCUGAGCGACCGUCCGGGGAUGGAAGUCCUUUCUCAGUUGCUUCAGGCUGCGGUCUGCUCGCAACUUGAGUUAAGUGCACCGAAAUCCCCAGCUCCUGUGAUGUUGGCUCCUCCCCCCCCUGGGACGGCUUCCCCCCCCGCGGUGAGACGUCCCCUGCCCUGGCUGGUUGUGGUUGGCGAGGUGGCUGCUCCGCGUCGUUCGGACCCCUUCGACUGGACUGUGGUUCGCCGAAAGACAUCGCGUGGUGUCCAGGGUGGUGAUGGCUGUCCACACGCCACUGGGAGGGUGGUUGACCAACAGGGAGACCUGCUGGAUUCUUCCAUCCCCCCGAAUCCGGUGUGGUUCAGCCCAACGUUGCUGGAGGAGAUGGACCGGAUCGUUCCUGCGUCUGGCCGUGACGCUCCGUUACCUACAUGUUCUCCGACGAGGAAGAAGAAGACGAGUCCGAGGCGUCGUCCAAUUUCUGAUCCCUCCCAGCUGAAUCCGGUGGAGCAGCAGAUGGAGGGAGCGCCGAGAGAGACCACCACGCCAGCUCGUCGCCAGGCACGGAGACCGGUCCCCCCGACGGACGUCGAGGCCCCUGCCGAGUCCUCUUCCGUGCCACUGGAGGACCAGGUCCGGGAUGGGAGCUGCCAGGCUUCGGCGCUGGAACCCGGGAUCAGCGGUUCACCUGUCCUUGUGGUAAGUGCUACUCAUUCCCAGGCCGACAACAGAAAUUCCUCAGGCCUGCCCCAACCCAGCGGAACUGCAGUGAUGAUGACUUUCUGCAACCUGUCUGACAUGGUCAACCAUCUGCUUAAGCUCUUUCGAAACCGCGGCCCCAAUGCCACCUAUGAGUUUGUGCCAGUAGGUUUUGUCAGGGACAACGAAGACCCUUCUGAGGAUUUGGCCUUUCAGAAUAUUUCACCUGGAGCAACAAAAGGACAACAAAGGGCAAUACAUGGAGCAGUUGUCUGUGUUCCUUCUGACAUGGAAACAGUGGUAAACAGUCUUCCGAGGCCCCGUGAGGAAGCUCAGCUUUUACAGGUGAAGCUGAAGAGGAAAACCAAGUACAAAGGUUACCAGUACUUUUACACAGUCAACAUGAAAAAUGUCUUAGCUGGACUGAGAAAGCUUAAAGAGAGUCAUCCAGAUUACAAAGAGGUAAGUAUAAAUGAAAGCGCAACGUUUGACUGUUUUCAAGAGGAUCAGCCAGUUGAGGACUCGGAUACACAAGCAGAGGAGGCUGAAAUGGAUGCAGCAGCAGACCAGCAACCUGACCACAUAGGGGCAGAGCAUCAGGCACUUCGACCUGGUCUGAUCUUGGACACCUGCAUGCAGCCUCCUGACAUAGCACAGGAAGUAUUGUCAUGGAGAAGGAAUUUUCAGCAUUGCGCCAGCCCAGGGGAAUAA